AUGGCGACCUUAUCAGCGGAGUCGCCAAUAGAUCUGGCCGAGCUCGCAAAGGCUCGGCGGACUGAUGCCAUGCCAAAACACUCACUCUUCGGAUCCACUCUGGAGAUGCACAAUAAGGAAGAAAUGGACCAAAUACAGAAAAUAGAUAUUUCAAAAGGAGGCAAAGAACCCCGCAGGAAAGGACGUUUCCAACUUCCCGAAGAAUUCCGUUCACAGAUGAGAGAAUACAAAGUCGUGGAAGCAACAAAGGAGGAAAUAGAAAAACAGAAAGAAGAAAUAUUAAAGACAAAAAGGGCAAUUGAAAACAUGGAAUUCAAAGCGUUAAAUUUUGACAUGGACAAAGUCAAACGUGUUCCAAGAGCAGGGUCCGGUAGGUCUGCGUUAUCAAUGUCGGACAGCGCAACAAAACUCGCCAAGGAAAUGAAUCAGAUAGGAUUAAACGACAGAAAUAGCUACAAUAGGGACAAAUAUGGUCAAAGAGCUCCUGUGCAUCAGUACAGUCUAUGCGGGGACAUUUUGCGGCCCGGUAUGGAGACCGUUAGGCGAGAAAAAACGGAAUAUCCGGCAUAUGUAGGUCACAGUGAACGUCACCGGAAGGCUCCGACCGGAACUCCGAGACACGCAUCUGCACGUCCUGCAGCAGAACCACGUAGCAUCGUGCCACUGCCACCAAAUAUACGUCACCAGUUCGGUAGUCGAGUCUGUGAUUUUCUAUUAUCAGAUGAAAAGAAAGUCGAAAAGACAGUCAAUGAGCAGAAUUUGAGGAGAGAACGAUUGCUAAGACCAAGUAAGCAUUUGGAUAUUCCCGAUAUGGAUAAAGAGCUGAAACCAGAAUACGAAAUGCUCGGAAAUGCCAUGCGCCAAAAUAUCUUUCCUGGUUAUACGAUGAACCACAAGAAGAGCAUGACAAAGUUAGCGUACGAUGACAGUGUGCACCUGAGACGGUACCCUGAUCCGGACCAAUGGCGUUAUCAAAGGGACGAGCUCAGUACAUGGGCGGAGCGAAAUAUUCUGUAUGAGCGGAUGCGGAAAUCGUUUCGGGAGUUCUUAAGUUCUAUGCCUAAAGCGGAGAGAAACUGGGAAAAGGGGUCCACCUCAAAGCCAAAACCUAAAAAUGAUCCACCGCCAUCAAAACCUAAGCCAAAACCGAAGAAACCACCCACAAAGACUAAGCCAGAUGAACCUGCGUUGGAGGAAAUAGUUUUCAAAACGCCCCCAAUCACUCCGCCACCACCUCAACCGGAAAAAGUGACCCUGGCGCCAAAAAAUGAACGAGACAAUGAAUUCUGGGACUUUUAUGAUAAAAAGUGA